UGUAACUACUUCCCCCUCUUGCACUGGAGAGGUAUUUGUGGCCACUGCAGCUUGCGGUAAAUUAGAUUCACAUGACAACUGGAGAUAACAUGCAAAACGGGGUAAAAAAACAACAUCUGCUUGUGUAAGAGGAAACCAUACUUCCUCUUUUACAUGCUGAAAGUUCUCUGGUUUGUUUAAAUCGGUUUCACUUCCUCACCGGGACAAAAUAACCCUGUUGAUUGUUCUGCGACAAGGAUGCGCGUUUUGUUCUCUGUGUGGCUUUUGGCCUUGCAGGUCCUCGGCAACGCUGCCCCGCUCUUCCACAAGGUUUGGGAUGAGUGGCGGGUCAAACAUCACAAGGUUUAUGGUAACGAGACUGAGACCGCUUUCAGGAGAGCAGUGUGGGAGAAGAACCUGCAGGUAGUGUUGAGACACAACCAGGAGGCCUCAGCAGGAAGACAAAGCUUCACGGUGGGACCCAAUCAUCUGUCCGACAUGACAGCUGAUGAAAUCAACGAGAAGCUGAACGGCCUGAAGCUGGAGCAGCCUGUUCAUUUGGUAAAUGGCACCUUUAAGGACGGCAGCGGCUUAUUGACACCUCAGAGUGUGGACUGGAGGAAUGACGGCCUGGUCAGUCCAGUACGAAACCAGGGGUUGUGUGGAUCCUGCUGGGCCUUCAGCUCUUUAGGAGCUCUUGAGGGACAGAUUAAGAAGCGAACAGGUGUCCUUGUCCCCCUGAGCCCACAGAACCUGGUGGACUGCAGCACCAACGACGGAAAUCAAGGCUGCAGAGGAGGAUACAUCUCCAAAUCCUUUAGCUACAUCAUCCGCAACCGAGGCAUAGACUCAGAGAGCUUCUACCCCUACGAACACAAGGACGGUAAAUGUCGGUAUUCUGUGAAGGGAAAGGCCGGCUACUGCUCUAAUUUACACAUCCUCCCGCGAGGAGAUGAGAAGACUCUGCAGGCUGUGGUGGCGUCAGUGGGCCCCGUCGCUGUGGGCGUGAACGCCAUGCUGCCAUCUUUUCAUUUCUACAGAGGAGGUUUAUAUAACGCACCAAACUGUAACCCAAAGUUCACUAAUCAUGCUGUGCUGGUUGUGGGCUACGGCACAGACAGAGGACAGGACUUCUGGCUGGUUAAAAACAGUUGGGGAACUGCAUGGGGAGAAAAAGGCUUUAUUCGAAUGGCCCGAAACAAGAAUAAUCUCUGUGGCAUCGCAAGCUUUGCAGUUUACCCCACGCUGUGAAAAUCUGACCCGCACCUGAAUCAUUUAGAUAGAAUUAAGUUUUCAUCUUUGAGGUAAGACGGAUGACAGUUCGUACCCGUCCUCCAUGUCGUUGAAAAGAAAGAUAUCUUGCUUCAUUUUGCUAAAUCUUCUUUGUUAGUCAUUCUCAAUUAUGUUUAUUAUGAUUUUUUAAUUAUUGCUUCAUACUUCUUCCCUCACUUCCUUAAAAUUUUGGCACUUUGUUUAAUCAAUGUGAUAUGUUUAUUUGUACAUGUUGAACUUAACAUUUACCAGUUGGAUUU